AUUCAUGAUCCCACUGCCUUCUUUUCUUGCUUCAUCCUCUCAGGGGUGACUGUUUGGGAGUUGAUGACCUUUGGAUCCAAGCCAUAUGACGGAAUCCCUGCCAGCGAGAUCUCCUCCAUCCUGGAGAAGGGAGAACGCCUCCCCCAGCCACCCAUAUGUACCAUCGAUGUCUACAUGAUCAUGGUCAAGUGCUGGAUGAUAGACGCAGAUAGUCGCCCAAAGUUCCGUGAGUUGAUCAUUGAAUUCUCCAAAAUGGCCCGAGACCCCCAGCGCUACCUUGUUAUUCAGGGGGAUGAAAGAAUGCAUUUGCCAAGCCCUACAGACUCCAACUUCUACCGUGCCCUGAUGGAUGAAGAAGACAUGGACGACGUGGUGGAUGCCGACGAGUACCUCAUCCCACAGCAAGGCUUCUUCAGCAGCCCCUCCACGUCACGGACUCCCCUCCUGAGCUCUCUGAGUGCAACCAGCAACAAUUCCACUGUGGCUUGCAUUGAUAGAAAUGGGCUGCAAAGCUGUCCCAUCAAGGAAGACAGCUUCUUACAGCGAUACAGCUCAGACCCCACAGGCGCCUUGACUGAGGACAGCAUAGACGACACCUUCCUCCCAGUGCCUGAAUACAUAAACCAGUCUGUUCCCAAAAGGCCCGCUGGCUCUGUGCAGAAUCCUGUCUAUCACAAUCAGCCGCUGAACCCUGCGCCCAGCAGAGACCCACACUACCAGGACCCCCACAGCACUGCCGUGGGCAACCCCGAGUAUCUCAACACUGUCCAGCCCACCUGUGUCAACAGCACAUUCGACAGCCCUGCUCAUUGGGCCCAGAAAGGCAGCCACCAAAUUAGCCUGGACAACCCUGACUACCAGCAGGACUUCUUUCCCAAGGAAGCCAAGCCAAAUGGCAUCUUUAAGGGCUCCACAGCUGAAAAUGCAGAAUACCUAAGGGUCGCACCACAAAGCAGUGAAUUUAUUGGAGCAUGACCACGGAGGACAGUAUGAGCCCUUAAAAUCCAGACUCUUUCAAUACCCAGGACCAAGCCACAGCGGGUCCUCCAUCCCAACAGCCAUGCCCGCAUUAGCUCUUAGACCCACAGACUGGUUUCGCAACGUUUACACCGAUCAGCCAGGAAGUGCUUCCACCUCGGGCGCAUUUUGGGAAGUUGCAGGUGCAUUCUUUUGUCUUCAAACUGUGAAGCAUUUACAGAAACGCAUCCAGCAAGAAUAUUGUCCCUCUGAGCAGAAGUUUAUCCUUCAAGGAGGUAUAUUUGAAAAAAAAAAAAAA